UCUUCUGCUCUGUGCAAAGUCUGAGUGCUGGUAUUUAAAUGCAGCUCCAGUUGCUAAGCCCCGGCGAGCAGCGAGUGCCUGGCUGAGGCUUGCAACCGAGGGCUGUGUCGCUUUAAGGCAUGUGAUACUUUCCCAAGCAGGGAUGUAUUGAAAUAGGCAACGGUACUUACAGCAUCGUAUAGCAGUGUACAUACAACUGCCUUACUCUGCACUGCCCGCGCUGGAGUGAGGCUGCUCUGUCAUUAAAUGUAAACUGCUUCUCGUCCUUAAGUAUCCUGGAAGCUGCAAAUUAUCUCAAGAUCACUUCAAAGGUCUCAUCAAGCGGAAGGUGAUGCUAGGAGAUGAUUUAAAGGUGAAAAUGAGAAGGUUUCCACCCCUCAAACCUUGGCCACUUUUCUGACGGCAGAGUCUUAGAGCUCAGAUGUCUUCUUUACUCUGGAAACAGGAUUUGUAACGAAAAAGAUUUUUUUUCUUCUUUUAAUCCUGAUAAAGAAGAUUACUGGGAAGCUAUUAAAAAUCCCUUAUUGUGACACAAUGGAUUUAAAAAAGUGUUAGAUCUCUCCAAUGAACACUAAUAGAGUGCUCUGCUCUUGGUUGGAUUACUCAGAGAAUGGCAGUGGUCUCUGCAAUGUCCUGGGUCCUGUAUUUGUGGAUAAGUGCCUGUGCAAUGCUGCUCUGUCAGGGGUCCCUCCAUCACACUUUCCAGCAGCAUCACCUGCACAGACCAGAAGGAGGAACGUGUGAAGUUAUAGCAGCACACAGAUGCUGUAAUAAGAAUCGAAUUGAGGAAAGAUCACAAACAGUAAAAUGCUCCUGUCUACCUGGGAAAGUGGCUGGGACUACAAGAAACAGACCUUCCUGUGUUGAUGCUUCAAUAGUGAUCGGGAAAUGGUGGUGUGAGAUGGAGCCCUGCCUAGAAGGAGAGGAAUGUAAGACAUUGCCUGAUAAUUCUGGAUGGAUGUGUGCGACUGGCAAUAAAAUCAAGACCACCAGAAUCCACCCGAGGACCUAACAGCGCGCCGCCUGCACGGAGACAGUGAAAUCCCUGCUGAUUUGUGAGGACAAAGUCUUGAAAGUUUAAAACCAUCUCAGCAUUUACAAGCCAAAUGGAUUUCUUAUUUGCACUUUGACUGUUUACCAGAUAACAACAGUGGCUUUACUGUGUAAAAGAAAGCAUUCAGUGGAAACAAUGCCCCUGAUUUUUGACAGCUGAAAAUAAAAAUGAAGAAAAUGGUUCCUUUGGUAAAGUUUCCAAGAUUGCGAAAUACAAACAACAGUAUAAGUUUGGAUCUACAAUUUACUUUAUACCAGUUAAAGUAUAUAUAUAGAAAUAUAUAUAUAUUAAUAUAUGAUAUUUUGAAAUAAAAGCCUCAGUCUUCAAGAAAUUGAAUAGUACCACACUUUGCUGCAGCUGCUGUAAUUUUUAAAUUUUUUUUUCUUUUUUUGUAAUGGUCUGGAAGAUCCCUACCUGUUUCUGAGAGAAAUGUGGCAGUGAAGAGGCAAAGCAAACCUGCUGCGGUACAAGGAUGCCUAAGAGCUACACGAAUCCUACUGAUGUGGCAUCCAGAGCUUCCUGUUCCCUUCGGCAGAAUUUCGAGGGCAUUUGUUGUUCCACUUUGUGUUCUGGAGGCUUUUCCCCUUGUGCAAUACUAGCAUGCUGGCUUUGCUUCAUUAACCAUACUUGAUUGAUAUAUAACAAUGAUAAUUCUAUCCUCUUCCAAGAAAAUAUUUUUAGAGCUGUUAGAUAUUCUAUGAAGAAGAGAUGGACAACUACUGAGUGAAGUACAGUAUGUAUUAAAAGUUUAUUUGGCAGAGUUUGGUAGACUGUGAGCUCCCUUCUUAUUAAAGAUGUACUGUACGUACAA